CGCCUCGCCUCGAGGCUGAGACAGGGGAGCUCCGUUUCGGGCCCGAGGUGGGACAAAAAGAACAAGGGAAACCGGGCGGCGUUAAUUAUUUCCGAUCGCCAUCGGACCCGGCCAUCCGAUGGGGGUUGUCUAUUCGUGUAAUAUUUUCGGCGCUUUCCCAAGACGGAGAGGAGAGUCCCCUGUGGAUGAAUAGCUUAAUUCUGACACGAAGGCUUCAUAAUCCCUCUAUAAACACCAUCUACCACGCCUCUAAAUGCAUCUCUUCCCCAUCAUCUCAUUUCGUCAUCAUCGUCGUCAUAUACAAAAGCGCCUCAAUCUUCGUCCGGAUUUGCAGGAUCCUGAACGGUUUCGGCAUCACAUCAUCCAUCCCCGUCUCCUUGCUACAACGAAUUAGCAAGAUAUUUCUUUGGGGGGUAGAGAGCCGGGAGCACGAGGCAUGUUCCCGACCAGUAGAACAGGGAGCUCGGGGUAUGGGACAAAGAAUAGGGGUUGGUUACGCCAUGAGAACUUGCUCGCUCCUCGCGUUUGCUGUGACUACUAUGAUCGGCAGGUGUCUUUUAAUCAGCCCUGCUGCUUCCAUCUCUCGGAUGAGAUCAAGUGUUUCACCUCCGUGAUUAGCAUACCUCAGAACGCAGAUACAACAGCUCUCCCUUGCCCCAAUCGCCUCCAGCGGUAACAGUCGAUCUUGCCUUCUUUGCUGGGAAGUAAUCGAAGCCUGAAGGUUCUGGUGGAGGUGGUUGGAGGUACGCUCCGAUUGAAACUUCAAUGGUGCGUUUUGGGGCGCUCUUCAUAAACUUGAUAGCAUUCGGGUACAGGUGUAUG